AUGACGAGGACAACGACACGUCAGCGGACGACACGUCAGCAGACGACACGUCAGCGGACGACGAGGACGGCCACACGUCAAUGGACGACGACCACGUCAACGGACGACGACCACGUCAACGGACGACGAGGCGACGACUACACGUCAACGGAUGACAACCAUGUCGACGGAGGAUGGCCACGUCAACCAACGGCCACGACCCACGACGUAGAGCACCCACCCCGUUGGCGAAGACGACGACGAGUGCAUACGACGACACGACAACGACGCGACACAACGGCGACGCGACGCCACGACGACAAUGCAACACGACGACGACGCGCGCCCACAUCGUCGAGCGCCCACGUCGUCGACAACGCAACACGUUGACGACAACGCG